AUGUCCUUCCUCAAAGGCACCAUUUUUCGACGCCGAGGUGGUAACGGUAAAAACGACGACCCUCCUGGCAAUAACGACAAGAAUAACCCACUUGAAAAUCAAUAUCGUGUGGCGACCGGAGGCGGGGGCAAGGAGUCAGCUCCCACAGCGCUGAAGGAACACCCUGAGGAUAUCAAGCAAAACAUCGACGCUGUACGGUCGUUCCUAGCCGCACGUUUGGCUAUAAGAUGCUACUCAUGUGCAUCAAACAUUACAGAAAACUUUUCUGUCCGGGACUGGGUACGUCGUUGGUCUGAAGGGGCCCAAGGCAAUCCCGCGAAAGGAUGUUACCUUUGUGCUGCGACAUGCUCUAGUUGCAAAGACCUGACAUGCCUUGGCUGCGGCAACAAAGUUCGGAAAUCUAAAAAUCCCCUUGAAAUCGACGGAUACUACAUAGACUGGUGUUGCCGUGACGGGAGAUUGUUUGGGAUAUGGCUUCUGUUGGCAAGAUAUGAUUGUGUCGAGAUACGCUGGCAGGCAUCCUCGCCAACGACAGAGAGUAAGCAAUCCCUAGCUAGGGUUAGUCAUAGCCCAAACAAUCGAAAGACACAAGAUGCCAGGGGUAUCGGGUAUGCAGAUGACCGCACUGGCCAUUAUAACCCCUUUGCAACCUUCUUUUAUGAUGGGCCAGGGUUUCCGCCGGUAUAUUCAAAUAGGCCGUUGCAAUUUCACGGCAGUGGUGAAAAAGAAGACGAGUUCGUAGGCAAGGUAUUCGACUUCGUUGCUCGGAUGAUCCCUGGGUCUAGAAACAAGAAUCUCCCUGCUGAACUUCAUGCAAUGUUACAGCUUGGAUUGCUUUUGGACAAGGUUGCGGACUUACUGAGAAACGAUUCCCUAGACGACGUAACGAAGCGCAGUCAUGUGUAUAAAGCAGCAUUUGGCCUUGUUUCGAAGCUGAGUUCACAUACAGAGUUAAUCGACCUUGUCAAAUGUGCUCGAUAUUAUAAACAACAAACCCCCGGCCUUGAAAUCCUUUCUUUACCGAAGUUACAUCAGCAUGGUAGUCCCCCACUCAUACUGGGAGAAAAAAUCGCUUCGGUUGGCGAGAGGUUAAAACAGCUAGCACGACAAAGCAGUAUUGUCCUUGAAUCUGCCGAAAGUCAAGAUCUUUACACAAGAAGCGGAGAGAAUCUUCUUUUCUGUUGUGAGAGCAUUCUUUCGCUUUAUACUAUCAUAUCAGCAGAUCAGGACAGUUCUGAGAUACGUUCAAGAGUAAGUCCCCAGGAAAAGUGGGAAUCUUUUCACCAGGAGCAUGGGGUAUCCCGAAAUGAGGGAAUCUUUGACCGGACUCAUGCAUACUAUAGUAAAGCUAUAGCUAUGACGUAUUCUAGCCCGGGCCGAAUCAAACGGCUGGUGACUGAGUUAGCUAACAUGUCAACAUCUUUACCAAUUGGGAUCUUUGUCAAAAUUAGUGAAAGUCGGCCGGAUGUGAUGAAAUGUCUCAUAAUGGGGCCCCCCGAUAGCCCAUAUGGAUAUGCGCUCUUUGACUUUGAUUUGUUUUGUACUUCAGCGUACCCGAAUCAGCCUUCACAAGUGCAUUGCAGGACAGCUGUCGGUAAAACAAUUAACCCAAAUCUCCACCCAGAUGGCAAAGUAUGUCUCUCGCUUCUCGGGACAUGGCGUGAUGGAGAUGCUGCGGCGCAAUGUCAACCAGGCAAGUCAACAAUAUUGUCCGUGCUAAUUAGCAUUCAAGCGAUGAUUUUCACAGAAGACCCCUGGCGUAAUGAGCCGGCCUACACCAGUGCAGUGGGCACAAUGGCUGAUAUACGCGCCCAGCGAUACGUGCAGAAGAUUCAGCCCCAGAUAGUCACUGCUGGGAUGUUAAACUGGUUGACACAGCCCAGGCAUCGACAUGGAAUCUGGCAAAGGGAGAUUCGAGCGCAUUUCAAGUAUAACAAAUCAAAUAUAUUGGCAAAGGUGGACAAGUGGGAGAAAGAAAGCCCAGUGCUCAAAUUUCGAGGUAUUGUCCAGGAGUUAAAAUUAGCGAUAGAGGAUAUCAACCGACAUUGA